AUGGCCACGGGCGCCGGAGAGUGUCCAGGGAAGGUCGGUCAGCACCGGGUGGACCACCUACUCAGUGCGGUGGAGAGUGAGCUGCAGGCCGGCAGCGAGAAGGGAGACCCCACGGAGAAGGAAUUGAGAGUGUCCCUGGAUGAGAACGAGCUUUGGCAGAAAUUUAAGGAUCUUACAAAUGAAAUGAUAGUGACAAAGAAUGGCAGGCGGAUGUUCCCGGUGCUGAAAGUGAACGUGUCUGGUUUGGACCCGAACGCCAUGUAUUCUUUUUUGCUGGACUUCGUAUCUGCGGACAAUCACAGGUGGAAAUACGUGAACGGGGAGUGGGUACCUGGGGGCAAACCUGAACCUCAAACUCCAAGCUGCGUGUACAUUCACCCGGACUCUCCAAACUUCGGGGCACACUGGAUGAAAGCCCCCGUCUCUUUCAGUAAAGUCAAACUCACCAAUAAACUCAACGGAGGGGGCCAGAUAAUGCUAAAUUCCUUACACAAGUACGAGCCACGCAUCCACAUAGUGCGGGUUGGAGGCCCGAGGAGGAUGAUCACUAGCCACUCUUUCCCGGAGACACAGUUCAUCGCAGUAACAGCAUAUCAAAACGAAGAGAUAACUGCUCUGAAAAUAAAGCACAACCCCUUUGCCAAGGCCUUCCUAGAUGCAAAGGAGAGGAGUGAUCACAAAGAUAUAAGAGAAGAUGCCAAUGAAAACCAGCAGUCAUCUUACUCUCAGUUAGGUGGUUGGUUUAUUCCAGGCUCAAGCUCUCUCUGCCCUCCCGCCAGUCCUCACAGCCAAUUUGGGAGUCCCAUCUCCCUCUCACCGUCUCAUGGCUGUGAGCGUUACUCCACCUUGAGGAACCACCGCUCUGCCCCCUACACCAGUCCUUACACCCAUCGGACCAAUUCUCCCAUCGGUUACACCGAUAACUCCUCAGCCUGUCUGUCGAUGCUCUCAAGCCACGAUAACUGGUCCAGUCUACAGAUGCCAACACACUCCAGCAUGAUGCCCAUGGCCCACAAUUCCACCUCUGGCACCAACUCUAGUCAGUACACCAGCCUGUGGUCUGUGAGUAACUCGCCCCUGACUCCCGUGUCCCAGAAUGGGGGGAUAAACAACAGCUUGAGCUCACAGUUCCUUCGAGGGUCGGGCAGCCAGUACACCAGCCUGUCUCACUCAGCCACAGUGCCCUCCUCUGGCUCUCCCAUGUACGACAGCGGCACAGCAGCAGAAGUGCAUGACACAGCUCAGUAUGACACUUCUCCACAUGGGCGACUACCUUCAGCCUGGACUCCUGUGACUCCUCCGUCCCUCUGAUGGAGGUGUGUCUGCACGCGUGGAGAGAAGGAGGAUGUGUGCAGGAUGUUUGAUCUGCUGUGACUUAAGGGAAGAAUCAACCCAAAAUGAAACAGGUUUUAUUUGUUUCCAAGUAAGUUUUUACAGGCAAAAGACUGUUUUCAAUUUUGUGGUACUUUAAUUAAUUAAGACAGAUUUUUUUUCACAUCUGAAAUGGUACUAAUGAGAAGCUACAGAGACUUCAAGCUCUUGAAGUAGCCCUUUUAAAAUGUGGUUUUGUCUCAAGAAGUCACUCUCAGUUUCAAACCUCCCAAAACAACAAAAUGAAUACUUUACUUUUAUUACUGGUUGACUUUUCCCUUUUGUUCAGCAAAUGUUUUUGUUCAGCAUAGCAGGGAAAACAUAUAUUUUAAUGUUUGUGAGCCCAAAUCCAUUUUAACCUGCUUAUAUUAAGCACAGCUCCAUGAUAUUCACAACAGUAAGUUACAACAGUGUACAGAUGAAAAAUAUUAAAUGAUGUAAAUGAGAGUCUUUGAGGUUCACCAUGUAAAUACAUAAAUGAUGCUUUUUGUACUGCAAUGACCCUGUUUGAGAUAUUAUG